AUGAAGUUUCUACAGCUUACUGGAAUAACUGUGCUAUUAAGUCAAGCAACAUCAAUUUCUGUAGCUUUGCUAGUCCCAAGGUCCUCAGAUUGUUCAUCUACAAUGAGCGACCCAUUGGCUAACAUCAAAGCUCGCAUCAAUGCAAUAAAAUUAAGUGGUAGAGCAUUAGUGUCUCCCAACACUUAUUGUGAAAAUAUGGCCAUAAAAUAUAAAAAACCGUAUUUUAUUCCUAUGAAAAUGGAAGAUGACCAAAAUGAGAAUAAUUUUUUUAUCACAAGUGAUGGUACCAGAGAUCUAAAUUACGUAGUUGUUACUUCAAGUGAUGGCGAGGUAAUUUGUCACUAUCGUGUUUGA